AUGAGGCAACAUCUUAGAGUCGUGUCAAACAUGAUUAGAGAGCUCAAGACUGCUGAGGAUGAAAGCCUAGCGGCGGCUAAACCCUUUAGUGAGGCCAACGUUGCGGGUUCGACCUCAGGCUUGAAACGCAAGAAAGGUAAAAGGGGAAAUGAGGCUCCCAAUCAACCUUAUCCUAAGAGACUAAAGAAGUUUGCCAAGCGUGGUAAACGUGGAGGAAGAAAGGAUAAGAACAAAAUUAAAUGCUACAAUUGUGGCUCUUUAGGUCACUUUGCUCGUAAAUGCACUGAGGCAAAGAAGGUAUCAUCCUUGGACUCCACUUGUAAAUAUGCUUAUGUUUCUAGUUGUGCAAUGAUUGCAGAAACUCAUCCUUUGUGGAUUGUAGAUUCAGGAGCAACAGACCACGUAGCUAGAAAUGGAGAAGCAUUUAUGGAGUACCGGCGGAUACCUAAAGGACCCUUAUCCUACAUGAUGUCUUGUAUGCUCCUGAAAUUCGCCGGGACCUUGUCUCUAUUUUAG